UUUUGAUUGUGGUUGAGCUUGUGGCCCAUCGCGCGUCGGAUGAAUUUGAAUUUCUUUCUUCAUAAUACAGAGAAAGAAGUAGUAGUGAAGGUUUUGUUGUACUACUAGAAAACAAGGAGGCAAAAGAUAAAGAAGAAAAUGGUAGCAGCAAGGCCAGCUUACCAACUCCGUUGUGAUUCCGAACUACGCGAUAUUGUCUUUCUAGGCGAAAAUCGUUUGGUGUCGUGUGAGUCCAAUGGUAAAGUUGUGAUAUGGGAUUUGCGGACAAGACGACCAGAACGGGUUCUGGUGGAAGAAAUGAGGCAACUCGACGAUUUUGUUGACGAGGAGGAGGAGGAGGCUGAGGGGACGACUGUGAAGGGUGAUCAAGAAGACGACAAUGAGCAGUGUGACGAGGAAGACGACGAGCAGGGUGAAGAAGAAGAUCGAGGUAUAAUGGAAGACACGAACAACAAGCAAGAUGAUGAGCAUCUUCAAGUGGAAGACAAACACGGAGACAAGGAGAUGAGGAAGAAAAUGGCGGUGGCUCGAAGAAGACUCAUGGGUCCGAUAUCGUUACAUCCCUUUUUCGUACGUGUACCUUCCUCACAGAAGCUCGGAGAAGGCCUGCUCGUACAGCAGAGGCUUGCAAUCUUAACAGGUGCUGGUCGCUGUAGUGUUUUUGACGUAGCCAGCACAGGGGAAGAUGACGAUGAUGACAUGGACGAUAGUACGACUGAUGAGGAGGAGGAGGAGGUGGACGACGAUGGAGCGGCUUCUGUAGUGGCUUCUGUAGUAGAUGGAAGGAACAUAAAGACAACUGGUAGAAGUGGGAAUUUAUAUUUGAAACGCAAAACUAGAACUACAGUGACAAAUCUUCAUGCGGAUUGCACUGAGAUUUUCAAUGCCCAGCGUGUCGGUUGGGCUCGAGCAGUGGUUAUAGGGACGGACAUUUAUCUGCCGACUGGAGCUACUCCCGGCACUGCCGCAAUAAGCUGCUACUCUCUUUUGGAAAGGGAUGAAACUACGACUUUUAUAUCGCGAAGUAGUGAAAGUCGUGAAGAUAAUUUUUAUCCAGAACUACAGCAUCCUCACGAACCUCCAAAACCGAAGCGAGAACUUCGUUAUGGCGCAGUGAAGAAGUUCUUACAGAAAGAACAGCAUUUGAGGACUCAGCGAAGUAGAUCAGAGAUGAAUGAUAAACUAGUACAACAGGUGGACGACGACGAGGAUAGUUCCCAUCAUCACCUUGACAUGUGCAUGUCUUUGUCAUGUGUUACCUCAGGAGGUAGCACCCUACUCUGUGCAGCAUACGAAAGCGGGCUUAUCGUCUGGUGGGAUGUACUAGUUCAACAAGAUCCAGAAGUAGAGCCUGUAGUAGAGCCCGUAGACGUAUGGGAUCUGCGAUCACUGAAUGUCGUUAAUCCUAACUCGGUUCUGGUCUCGACACUGCCGAUUAGUACAUCAUUUUCAAGUAGCUGUAGAAGUACAACUACAUCGUCCACAGUUGUAGAGUCUAGCUCUAGUUCACCGCCACCUACUUGUUCUAUAACGGGGGCAGAAGUAGAUCAUGGAGACCAGGAGCACAGUCAGAAUGUCCUCGGUCUCGAUCGUAGUCCUCCUGCUCUGAGUACUUCCUACCUUUGGGUCUGUCUGGCCAAUAAAAACGGUGAAGCGGAGUUUGAGGAUCAUCCAGGACAGCAGGUUUUUGAGGGCAGUGCUUUGACGCGGGCAGCGUCCUCUAUGGGAGGGUGUACGUUAUUGAUGCGCCGUCGUGCUCAAGCGGGGCCACAAGCUUCCACGAGUAAGGCUAUCGAUGAUCAUAUCAAGCUAAAACGACUCCAACCACUGGACAAUACAGUGUAUGGCUGUUUGCGCUUGGUUCCUGCUGUCGCUGUUUGUCGCGAACUGUCGCACCACACAGGAGCAAGACGAAAGCUGUCUAAGUCUAUUAUAAGUUGUAACUCCACUACAACUACUUCCGCAGUAGACAACCCAACCUCAUCUCCUCAGAGUGUAGUCUGUGGUGUCCGUUGGGAUGGAUCCACUGACAUAUUGUCUCAAACAGGUCAAAGACUAGCGACUCUUGGAGGAAUCCAGCAAGGUCCGAAGAGCCAUAACUUUUCCUCAUUGAGCAGCACGUCUUCGCUGUCGAAAGAAGGACAAACUUGUCUUGCUGCCUGUUAUAAGAGCUGCAAUCCUCUUCAAGUUCAAAGUAAAGAUAAAGAAAGAUGCUUCAGUAGCAUCUUGGCAACGGUAUCACCAGGAGAAGCAAGCAGAAUAAGCAUUCGAAGACUGAUAUAGGACUCUGUCUUGUUUGAGUCUAAUCAUUAUCUAUAAUCAGGAUAAUGCUGUGCCUUUCUUCGGAAGUGAAGCACGGUAUUAAGUAGUCCCAUCGACAGUUUCGGAACACUGAUCAGGGCGAAACUCCAUUCCAAAAAUCAGGAUAGCAGUAUUACUGCUGCAGUAAGUUCUGAGUUCUAGGGUCAGAAAGAUUUUGUUCGUUUGAGAAGAUAUUGCGUCCUGUGGUCUUCCACGGUCCACCUCAUCACUAUCCAUCAGGACUAGUUGCU